CUUCAAGAGCCUGAGAUGUCUGCUUCAGACGAGUAUGCUGAAUUCACCAUCAAAGCCGCUGAGCCACCGUGGGAGAUGAAACUAGCUCUGAUGUGCAGAGUAUUCAGCAGAAAGAAGAAAUUCAUAUGGAUUUUGAACAACAUCAAACCACAAAUCUCCUUUUCUCCCAUUAUCAUCUGUUUUGUUUGAAAACCCAGUGGACAGUUUCUGACAAGAAAUGGGGAUUGUUACAAACCUAGAGAUUAUAUCUAACACAUUCUGGAGGAAAAUGUAUAUUUUUUUUACAAGGUUAUUGAAUGCUUGACAUGUCUAAUUAUGGUGAAAUUUAAAGGAAUAGUUCACCAAAAAUGUAAAUUAUUAUAUACUUUACUCACUCAUGCCAUCCCAAAUGUGUGACUUACUUUCAUCUGCUGAACACAAACAAAGAUUUUUUGAAAAUAUCUCAGCUCUGUAGGUCCACACAAUGCAAGUGAAUGGUGAACAGAACUUUGAAGCUCCAAAAAGCACAUAAAGAAAACAUUAAAAAGUCACCCAUACGACUCCAUCUUCAAGAAAUUUGACUGGUGUGGGUGAGAAACAGAUCAAUAUUUAAGUCUUAUUUUUUACUAUAAAUCUCCACCUUUGAAUAUUCACAACCAGUAGGUGGUGAUAUGCACAAAGAACACAAAUCGACAAAAGAAGAAGAGUGUUCGGAAGUGAAGAUUUAUAGUAAAAAAAAGACUUAAAUAUUGCUCUGUUUCUCACCAACACCUAUCUUAUUGCUUUAGAAAGUAUGGAUUAAACCACUGGAGUCAUAUGGAGCACUUUUAUGCUGCCUUUAUGUCCCUAAUGGAGCUUCAAAGUUCUGGUCACCAUUUGCUUGCAUUGUAUGGACAUACAGAGCUGAGAAUAAUCUUUGUUUGAAUAACGAACCUCACACAUCUGGGAUGGCAUGAGGGUGAGUAAAUGAUGAAUUUUCAUUUUUGGGUGAAUAUUUUCCUUUAAAUGGAAGUACUGAAUCAAAUUCUGCUGUAAUAGAACAUAAUAAACUGGUAUGUCAGAUUUGAACACAAGCCAAAGUAGUAGACUUUUUACAAUUGCCUUAUUUACUAUAAAAUUCAUGCAGUCGCUAGCUAUUUAUUUAAUUUUUAUUUUUUUUAUGCAUUUGGCAGAUGCUUUUAUCCAAAGUGACUUACAGAGCCCUUAUUACAGGGACAAUCCCCGGAGCAACCUGGAGCCUUGCUCAAGAACACAAUGGUGGUGGCUGUGAACCAGCGACCUUCUGAUUAUCAGUUUACCAGUUAUGUGGUUUAGACCACUACACCACCAACACUCUAUUUAUGGUACUGUUAACCCAAGGGACCUCAGUUUUUAAAACAAAGGACUACAAUGAUAUGUGUUGUAUGAUGUAGGCGUUGUAUGAUGUAGGCUACUGCUGGUGGAUGGCUAAUUUUAUUUUACACAAAGAUAAAAAAAAAUAUGAAUAGAUUGUAAUACAUGCAUGGGUAGAUUUUAUUUUAAGUUCUAUUUGUAAAUAUUUUCGAAAAAUGGUUGCCUUUUCAAAAUAAAUGCGUUGCAUGGACUUCGAUAUUCAAUGUUUAAAGUGUAAAUUUAAACAGUACAUUUAAAACCCCCAAAAACACGUGUUGUGGAAAUGAUAUGUGAUCUAGGACCUUUAUAAAAUGCAUGGCACCAGAGACACUCGCAGCCUCGUUUUCAUUCCCGUCAAAAAUUAAAUACGGCGUUACUCUGAAGAAGGUAUAUAUGGGGCUAUAUUUCUAGCUAACAUCUUAACUUUGACUGCCGCUGUGUUGGUCUAUUUCGACCGAGACUCCAGUUCACCAGAGAGCACUAACACAUCGUUACAUUCAAAGAGCAAUUCAUGAAAAUACGAGGAAGAGACCGCACGCAUGCGCACUGGCGAAGCGACCCUCGUCUCGUGAGCCCGAAUAGGCUUAGUUAAGUCAUUCGUUGACCUAAACAAACCGAAUUUGAGUUUCAUUUCAUGCAUGAAACCUAAUAAUAUAGUAAUUGCUUUUAAAAAAACAAAUACAAGUAAUAGUCGCGCUGGACUGAGGCGUUUGCUCCAGCAAGAGGGUUAAUUAACAAGGUAACGUGUUGCAACAGUCAAGUUGCGAACGAGUCACUAGAAUAAAGUGGACACAACACAAGAGCGACUCGAGUUACAGAGAACAGUCAGAAAACACGAGAUCGGCCAGUCUUAAGAGUCCUAGUGUACUUGUACGUAUCUGGAGGUUUGUAGUGAUAACGUGGCACAAAUCUCGCCAAGAUGGAGUUUGCUGCGAUUCUUGUGCUAUCAGUAUUAAUAGGUGCGCUGGUUAUUUUAGUGGCUGUUGCUGUUGGCAGACAGAAAAGUGAAUUAUCUGAGCAGAAUGAACAGAACAAAGACGCAGAUGCACAAGUGGAGGAAAAUGCAACUAAAGCACCUUCCAAAAAGCAGAAGCAACAGCGCCCCCGUAAGGAGAGACCGCAGCAGCACACAUUCACACACCAACUGCUGGCUUCUGCUCUAAAGAGUCACAGUGGCAAUGUGACCUGCCUGGAUUUUAGUAGCAACGGAAAAUAUCUUGCGUCUUGCGCAGAUGAUCGUACCAUCAGGAUCUGGAGCACCAAAGACUUCCUGGAGCGAGAUCACAAAAGCUUACGGGCCAACGUAGAGUUUGACCAUGCCACGUUUGUCCGGUUUAGCCCCGACUCUCGAGCCUUCAUCACUUGGCUGGCCUUCGGAGAGACCAUUCGCAUCUAUAAGAUGAUUAAAAAGGAGGAUGGGACAUUCAAUUUUAAAGCUGCUCCAGAAGAUUUUCCACAGAAGCACAAGGGGACCGUUAUUAACAUUGGAAUUGCAGAGACAGGUAAAUUUAUGAUGUCUGCCUCUGUUGACACCACCAUUGUGAUCUGGGAUCUGAAGGGAGAGGUUUUAGCUACUAUCAACACUAAUCAGAUGACCAACUCGCAUGUUGCUAUUUCUCCGUGUGGCAGAUUUGUUGCUUCCUGUGGUUUUACUCCUGACGUGAAGGUGUGGGAGGUUUGCUUUGGGAAAAGUGGGGAGUUCAAAGAGGUUGCUCGUGCGUUUGACCUUAAGGGACACUCAGCUGGCGUUUACUCCUUUGAUUUCUCCAAUGACUCCCGCAGAAUGGUGACUGUCUCUAAAGAUGGGACGUGGAAGCUGUGGAACACUGAUGUGGAGUACAAGAAACAGCAGGAUCCAUACUUGCUCCAGACUGUACCAUGCCAGGUGUCAGAGGGGAGCCGCAUAGCCCUGUCUCCUGAUGGUCGCGUAGUAGCCAUAUCAAACGGUUGUGAUAUAGUCAUGUACAAUGCCACCACUGGCGAAUUGGAGGAAAAGUUCCACAGUGUUCACAGCGAAGAGAUAACCAACCUUAAGUUUGACGUAAACAACCGUUUCCUAGUGAGUAGUGGGGACCGUGCCAUUUGUGUCUUUCACAAUGUAACCGGUUACCGUGCUGCCAUCCAGGACAUGCAGGUCAUGUUGAAGAAAGCCUCAAAUGAAGGAAUGAGGCAGAGACUCCAGCAGCAGAUUGUGGAUGCUCAGACAGCUCUGGACACUGUGCUUAACGCACCAAAGAACUAAAGGUUGCUUUGUGAACAACUCACACUGGAUCUGUUGACUGCGAUGCCAGUCUGUUUUCAGUUUCAAAAUGAAGUGGCUUUGGCAUGCUGAUAUUAACAAAUAAA